CUCUUACUCCUCCCCAACGCUUCUUCUUCAGCGACCCUCCUCCCAAAUCCGCCCAUGCGCUGCUCUUUAUUGUCAGCCGUCUGGGUCGCCAUUGCGGCCUCUUCCGGCGUCUUGGGUCUUCCUCUCGAAGAAACAUUGCCAGGCAUCGCCCGUGGUCAGGAAGAUGGUACCUUUGAGCCCCUCCAGAAGCGCCAGAAUGUACUUCAGGGUCCUCUCCUCAACGGCGCAAUCCCUGGUUUGCCCGAUCUCUCGCCAAUUCUGAGCAACAACACCUUCGACUAUGUCGUUGUGGGUGCCGGUACAGCCGGUUUCACCUUGGCCGCUCGUCUCAGCGAGGACGGUUCCUCGGUGGCCGUCAUGGAGGCUGGAAUUGAUUAUGAGCUCUCACUCAUCAACAACCCUUUCGCCAACACGCCGGGAGGAGAUGUCGUCGGCGUAGGCUCAGACCCAGCCGAUGCUCUCCAGGACGGUAUUGACUGGGGCUUCCUCACUGUGCCCCAGAAGGGUGCCAACAACCGUGUCAUUCGAUACGCUCGAGGAAAGACCGGCGGAGGUAGUUCGGUCAGGGACUUUAUGAUCUACCAGCGCCCUACAGUACAGACGAUGGGAGUCUGGCAGACUUUGACCGGAGAUGUCAACUGGGGCUUCUCUCAGCGCUUCUCGGACUUCAAGAAGAGCAUGACGUUCACACCUCCCAGGCACGAACUUCGGCAAGAGAUCCCAGCGGCUCAGUAUGACCCUGCCGACUUCGGCUCUAGCUCCAGCAUCGCCUCGCUGUCGGUCUCGUACCCUAACACGCCCCAGAACUUUUCAAAGUAUGCGCAGCUGUCGGCCAACGAGCUUGGUACGCAAACCGUGAAGUCUUUCAACGGCGGUUCGCUGCUCGGUGUCCAGUACAACUCAGCCACCAUCAACGCCAACGACGGUACGCGCUCAACCUCUCGAAAGUUCUACGACGAGGCUUCGAAGCGCUCCAACUUCCAAAUUUUCUACCAGAUGAUGGCCAAGAAGAUUCUCCUCGUAAAGAAUGCCAAAGGAAACCCACAAGCUACUGGCGUGGCCUACAGCACGCUGCCUGGGGGUCUUGGCACAACCGGCAUUCUGUACGCCCGCAAAGAAGUGAUCGUCUCGGGAGGAGCCUUCCACUCGCCUCAACUCCUCAUGGUCAGCGGCAUCGGUCCUCAGGCUCAGCUUCAGGCGCAGAGCAUCCCGGUUGUUGUCCAGAAUGAGAACGUAGGCCAGGGCAUGCAAGAUCACAUUUUCUUCGGACCUGCCUACAAGGUCGACCCUAAUCUCCACACUUUCACCGACCUUGCUGCUGACCCUCUUUACCUCGCCGACGAGUUCCUUAAUUUUACCACCAACCAACUGGGUCCUUUGACCAAUCACGUUGCUGAUCUUUUGGCUUGGGAAAAGCUUCCAGGCUCAGCUCUUGCUUCUCUUGGCUCCGCCGGUGCAGCGAAGAUCGCGUCUUUCCCUGCCGAUUGGCCCAUCCUCGAGCACUUCUCGGCUCCCGGUGUCGUCGGCAACUUUGCCAACCUCUUGGCCGAGAAUGCCGCAGCAGGAGCCGAUGGAUCGCGCUUUGCCAGCAUUUUGGGCGCACUCGUGGCUCCGCUCUCUCGCGGCUCGGUCACGCUGGCAUCGGCCGACACUGCCACGCUGCCAGUCAUUGAUCCCGCCUGGUUGACAGACGAGACCGAUCAAAAGGUCGCAAUCUACGCCUUUAAGCGCGUGCGCCAGUACUUUGCUGCAAAGGCGAUGAAGCCCAUCCUCUUCACGCAGAACGCCACGGCAGACGAGUACCUGCCGGGCUUCGCUACCGUCAACACGGACGCUGAGAUCCUCAACUGGAUCAGAGACAACCUCAUGACAGUGUGGCACGCCAGCUGCACCUGCUCCAUGAAAACCAAGAACCAAGGCGGUGUUCUCGACAGUCGCCUGCGUGUUUACGGUGUCGAUGCUCUUCGCGUCGUCGACGCUUCCUCCUUCCCCAUUCUGCCUCCUGGUCACCCGCAGUCGACGAUCUACAUGCUGGCUGAACGCGCCAACACGUUGAUCAAGCAGGACAACCCCUAAUUGUCCCUCUGCACUCAAAGCCCCCUUUCCAAAAAGCCCCAUCAAUGACAUUGCCUGCCGGAAGUCCCCAGAAAU